AUGACAGAUAAUCAAACAAAGAUCAUCGAACGAAAUUCUUCGAAAUUGAAUUCAUCUAAUAAUGAUAAUGAUUUAUUUGAUUUAAAUUUACUUCCAUUUUUUUGCGUUUUGGCACAUUUAAUUUGGACAAUCGUUUUAAUCGUUCUUCUUGAUCAAUGUUGUGUAAUGACAACAAAAUCACUUUGUCAAAUUCUAUUGAAAUUAAUAAUUUCAACAUGUCCAUUAUUACUUUGUAGUGAAUUAAGUCUUAUCUUUAUUUGUUAUAUAAAUCAAUUGAAAAUUGAUUUAUUGAUUAUUGUUAUUAAAUGGUUAAUAUUUAUAUCAACAUUUUUCAUCUCUUUUUGGACAGGAACUCUUAGUGAUCAAAAGAAAUGGCGUGGAAUUCAUGGUGGACAAAUUGCACCAGAAUUACAUUCACCUUUGUAUUUAUUUACUAAUUAA